AUGGUAUAUCGUAACAGGUCAAAGAGCGUUUUAUCUACACACAGCAAGAAGAGCGACGAUAAGGCCCACUAUAAAUCACGUUCGAAAAAGAAAUCAAAAAGCAGGAGCAAGAAGAGGUUAAGAAUCUACUGGAGAUACAUAUCUAUUGUAUGGAUCUUAUGGUUAGGAUUAAUAUCUUAUUAUGAAUCAGUGGUUGUGAAGAGAGCAAUGAAGAAGUGCCAAUGGUCGACUUGGGAGGAUUGGCCUGAAGGCGCUGAAAGUCAUAGGGUGGGUUUAUUUGCAGACCCACAAAUAAUGGACGAAUAUUCAUAUCCUGGGAGGCCUCAAAUAGUUAAUUAUUUUACAAGAGUGAUUGUUGACCAUUAUCACAGGAGAAAUUGGAAAUAUGUCCAGUAUUACUUGGAUCCUGAUAGCAAUUUUUUCCUAGGUGAUCUAUUUGAUGGAGGGAGAAACUGGGAUGAUAAGCAAUGGAUUAAAGAGUACACACGAUUCAACCAAAUAUUCCCCAAGAAGCCACUGAGAAGAACGGUCAUGUCUUUACCAGGUAAUCACGAUAUUGGUUUUGGAGACACAGUUGUUGAAUCGAGUUUACAGAGAUUUUCUAGUUACUUUGGAGAAACUUCCUCCUCAUUAGACGCUGGAAAUCAUACCUUUGUACUUUUAGAUACAAUUUCGCUUUCUGAUAAAACAAAUCCGAAUGUCUCGAGGGUUCCUAGACAGUUUUUGGAUAAUUUUGCAAUGGGUUCACAUCCGCUUCCUAGAAUUCUUUUAACUCACGUUCCAUUAUGGAGGGAUCCAGAACAGCAAACGUGCGGUCAGCUACGUGAAUCCAAAGAACCUUUUCCUAUUCAGAAAGGGCACCAGUACCAGACAGUUAUAGAAAACGAUAUAUCACAAGAAAUUUUAACGAAAAUUCAACCAGAAAUAUUAUUUUCCGGGGAUGAUCAUGACCAUUGUCAGAUAUCACACUCAUAUCCGUUUCAGGGGAAAACUAAAAAUGCUCAAGAAAUUACAGUAAAGUCAUGUGCAAUGAACAUGGGGAUCAGUAGGCCUGCUAUUCAAUUGCUCUCCUUAUAUAAUCCUUCAGAUUUGACAAUGGUAAAUGCCGGCGGAGAGUAUGCAUCAAAAACUUACCAAACAGAGCUAUGCUAUAUGCCAGAUCCCUAUAAGGCAAUCAGAAUGUACCUAUGGGGAUUAUUAUUCUCUGCUGCCUUUAUCGCAUACAUGCAUUUUUUCCCAAAAUCUUUUAAUAAUCGCGUAGCAACCAUAAUGAACAGAGUAUUUACACGACCUGAUGGUAACACCUCAGAUUUGCCAUUACCUACAAGUAUUUCCAAAUCGAAAUCCAAAAAAUCAUUGACACAUAGUAAAUACGCUGUGAAUGAUACGCGUUCGAUCAAACAAUUUCUAGUUAAUGCAAUUGUCCUUUUUGUUUCUGUGAUGCCCAUUUUUAUUUAUUUUUAUACUGUAGUCUAG